AACGGAAACCAGCUGAGAGAAAGGGUAGGGAAGACAAGAUGGCGGAGUGAGUGGGUUGCGCUUUCUACAGACGGUUGCGACCCUUGAAGUUUGCCGAAAUCGCCCUUGAAGGAUUGAAACGAUUGUAAAAGCAACAUUUCCAUCGGAAUUGUAAUUAGAAGGGCUUUUUUUGCUACUCCGCACGAAGGGAGGUCGGCAUUUUUCCGAGACGAUCCUUGCUACAGCGUUAGCUUGAUGCUAACGCUAGCUAUAGUUAGUUCUCACUAACGUUAGCUGCUGCUACGAGCUAGCUGGGUGGUUGCUAAAGGCCGUAAGCCUUUUUUGGAUUUAGUUUUGAAUGUACAUACUUCGAGACUGACACGGAAUUCCGUGUUUCUUGCAAGAGGUUUUUUUCGGACGAAGAUACAUUGAAGCCGGUAGCUUAUGAAUAAAGCGAACGAAUUUGGGAGAAAUCCACUUUCCAUCUUGAUUUUUACGUUAAUAGUCGAAAAGAAUCGUUGGAGUAACGUUUACAGCUAGUUUGUAUUAGCCCUCGUCAACGACCACUGGACAUACAAGACUUUGUAUGUUCUGCUGACAAUUGGCUAGACUGCCACACAAUCGUCUAAAGUGAAUUGGGUGGAGAUUGCCCUUUGGUGGAUAUUAUGGCGAGCAGCAGUGGCUCCAAGGCCGAAUUCAUAGUCGGUGGAAAAUACAAGCUCGUCAGAAAAAUUGGAUCGGGAUCCUUUGGUGACAUUUAUCUGGCCAUCAACAUCACGAAUGGAGAGGAGGUAGCUGUAAAAUUGGAAUCGCAGAAAGCCAGACAUCCGCAGCUGUUAUACGAAAGCAAGCUGUAUAAAAUCCUACAAGGUGGUGUCGGGAUUCCACACAUCAGGUGGUAUGGCCAAGAGAAGGACUACAAUGUCCUAGUCAUGGACCUGCUUGGACCAAGUCUGGAGGACCUCUUCAACUUCUGUUCUCGCCGCUUCACCAUGAAGACGGUCCUUAUGCUGGCAGACCAGAUGAUUAGCAGAAUUGAGUAUGUACACACAAAGAACUUCAUCCACAGAGAUAUCAAACCAGACAACUUUCUCAUGGGCAUCGGCCGUCACUGUAACAAGUGUUUAGACUCGUCAGUGGCGAAGAGGAAAAGAAGCUUGGCUGUUAGCUCUUCUCAGGACCCAUCUUUCUCAGGAUUAAACCAGCUGUUCCUUAUUGACUUUGGUUUGGCGAAGAAGUACCGAGACAACCGAACACGACAGCACAUCCCUUACAGAGAAGACAAGAACCUGACUGGCACAGCCCGCUAUGCCUCCAUCAACGCACACCUGGGCAUUGAACAGAGUCGCCGUGAUGACAUGGAGUCGCUAGGCUACGUGUUGAUGUACUUCAACAGAACCAGUUUGCCGUGGCAGGGACUAAAGGCUGCCACAAAGAAGCAGAAGUACGAGAAGAUCUCGGAGAAGAAGAUGUCCACCCCUGUUGAGGUCCUCUGUAAGGGUUUCCCAGCCGAGUUUGCUAUGUAUCUGAACUACUGCCGUGGCUUACGCUUUGAGGAGGCUCCGGACUACAUGUACCUGCGCCAACUUUUCCGCAUCCUUUUCAGGACCCUGAACCACCAGUAUGACUACACAUUUGACUGGACCAUGCUCAAACAGAAAGCUGCCCAGCAGGGGGCCACCUCCGGGGCAGGGUCAGCAGCACAAACCCCCACAGGCAAGCAAGCUGACAAUUCCCAAGCCUACAUGAAAGGUUUCUGAGCGCAGAAGAGUUGGUGACCAGGACCAACACGUGUCUCUUCCUGGACAAGCGACAAACAGAAAGUCUGUGUCUCUCCUUCCAUAAUAACUAUCUAUGUAAUGGGAAUGUAUAGAUCCACACACGCCUUUGUCAGCUGUGUCAUCUAUAUAUUAUGUGUAUAUAUAUAAUAAAACUCUGCACUCCGAAAGAAAAGAAUGAAAAAGCAGGAUUUUUUUUGGAUGUGGAGGCUGUAGCCCCCCUGCCCCCACCCCAGACACACCCCUCCCCACCCCCUCUCUGUCCUCCUUCAGUGUUGACUUUUUGUAAGGUUUCUUAGGGAACUAAAAUUAAGAAGAUAGUCAGCGGAUCCUUUUUCUUUCCCAGUGGAAACAUCUCAAGUUCUUUUCCCCUUUUCACUCCUCAAUUAUUUCACUCCCUUUAACGAAGCGGAUCUUAAAGCGUGUAAAACGGAAAGCUUUCUCCCUUUUUGUUUCUGAAAUAAUUGAUCAUGCAACCCUGGAUGUUAUUUACUUAAAAAAAAAUCAAAUGUUGGAUUUCCUUUCUUUGUUUUCCUAUGGUGGUUAGGAGUUUGCCUGUCGACAAUAUAAGCAUCUGAUGGCAACAGUCAAUAAUAGAAUGAUACGCUGGCUCUAUCCCUCUAGAGCUCUGAAUUAUUAUUAAAUCUGUUGUAAAAUGGUCUUCAAAAAUACCAAUAAAAACAUUACAUAAAUCCGA